UCUCGAAAAACGUUUGAGCUUCAAUACAAUUGGUUACAGUUUGUGUGGUGGUGUAUAUAGGUAAUGUGUAAGUGAAAUAGGAUUUUUUUUUUUACUUUGGUGUGCUGGGUUGUUGCAUUAUGCGCUGUUCUAAACUCGAAAACUGAGACGCGCAUAUAUUCGCAAUGGGGUUCCUAUCGCCGCUUGGAAACUUGAAGGGGUUCGCCACUAGCCGCCCACCGUUGGUGGUCUUCACACUUUGCCUUACAGCGUUUGCACUGACUACUCUGUCUUUUGCUUUCUUCAUCAGACAUUCGGAAAGAAUUCCAAACACAGAUGUUCAUGUGGAUUGGAACAGAUUCCUGAAACACCUGAACACUUUCGACUUAUGUGUUCUGCCAGAGACAGCUAGCAACAGCAGCCGAUCAGUAGAUGAGGAGCAGAGUGACAGUUUUGGCAAUGUUUCCAUUUCUGUGACAGCUUCACUGAGUUUGGUGCAACAACUCAGUUCUCAGCCACACAACAUAACUACAGUAACAGGAUUUCUGCCACUUGGAGCAUGGAGCCCUAUGUGCAAAACAGAGCCGCUAGUAGCAGAAGGGGCUACACUCAACGUGAGCCUGACACUGCCACAAAACCUAUCCAAAGUUGAUGUGUGUGUCACUUUUGUUGGCCCUCGAUCACUCCUGCCCAUGGUUUCCACCCCACCUACUUGUACACCAUUACCGACACCUCAGCAGGGAUUCCCAGGGAGGAUCGUAGGGAGAAGUAGGGAUGCAGAGGUGCUGGGUGAGAGAGAUGAUGAUGAUGACUGGUGCAAAGGUGGCACUGUUAUGAGGAUUGCAUAUCGUUCCAGUUCUCAGCUGACAGUUCUGCUGACUGGGAGUGAGCGUUCCCUCAUCAACCUGCAUCUUAUGCACACCAGCUACUUCCUGUUUGUGAUGGCCGUGACACUGGUUUGCUAUGCGCUCCUUAAAGGAAAACCAAAGCAGAAAGCCAUUCUUGUAGAUAAGGUACCAUUGGAUGCUUGAAAGGACGUUUGUGUGGUAAAUUGUGUGGAGCAUUCAAAAUUACCAUCUGAAAGUUUAACUGUGAAUUGCAGUACUGUCUGUUAAAGAGACUGUGAUUGAGCAGAUGACAGUAGACAUCAUGCCACAUUAUAAUUCUUUACUCACAUGAACAUUGCGAUUGGUUUCUGUUAAGCUGUUUGUUGAGCUUGAGUGAAAACACUUGUGCCAUGGAAAAUAAAUUGUUUUAAACUGUGAA